AUGACGCUCGCAAGCACUCGCACUUGGCUCCAGCCCACGUCCCGCGAACUUUGGCACCGGGGGCGGACGGUCGCACCCAUCUCCCCUUGCGCAUCCUUGUUGAAACGACGUGGCGUGCACACGUCCCCUGCUUUGGCGACUGCGCGGGUUGAUUACGAGCGCCAGGCCUCCGCGGGAGGGCAGAUCAACUCUCUAGCUCUCCGAGAUGUUGAGAUGUUUGUGCAGACGCACAUGCACCGAGCCCUGCCGAACCGUUUGCAAGACCCUGCGCUGCUUGCUGACGCGAUGCGGGCUUUCUACGAAAAGUCUGACUGUGAGGGUACGGCGGAUAAGGUUUUAACGGCCCUAGGGGCUUCGGAGGACAUGGCUGAGCCCCAACAGAUGGAACUAUUCGAAGCAGCCAAGGCGGUGCUGGCUGAUGUCGAAGGGGCUGGAUCCACGCCUUUGGCUCAGGAUGCAGAGUAUGCACCACAUGGCACCCAGACAGUGCCACAAUUGGCUUUGGGGGGGGCCCUCAUGUGCACGGUUGGUGGCUUUCUGGACUAUCCCAAGACUCAAGUGAGCGCCGAGCUCUUGGCUGCACAAACCUCGGCCCUCUAUGCCACCGCCAACAUUUUGCACCACUGGGCCACGCCUGAUGGUAUCCAAACAGCUGUGAUGCUCUACGGCGAACUGGCCCGUCUUGGUCACGGCCUGGCCAGCUUUCAGCUAGGUAUCAUGCGCCUGACGGGCGAGGCCAUGGACCAGGACUAUGAUCGCGCCCUGAAGCUAUUCAGCGUGGCCGCCCAGCGUGGUGUGGGCGAGGCUUACUUGCAAAUGGCCAUGAUGACUCACAAAGGCCUGGGACUCAGUGCGCCAGAUUUGCCGCUGGCACAGCAGUACUAUCAGCUUGCUCGUGACAAUGAGGUGCCCGGUGUCAGCUUCCCAUACGCGGUCGCCUUGAUCCAGGAGAGUGCCGCUAAUCAGACACCCCCAGAUGCCGAGCGACUGUCGUCUUUGCUGAUCGAGGCACUCGCAGCUGCCGUGGGCGACGACCACCAACGCUAUGAGGUUGCUGCUACCAUGUGCCAGGUGCAGGUGGAGCAUCAGUUGGCACUGCAGGUUCUCGUGGAGCUGGCAGAGCAGAAGCACCACUUUGCCGCCGCUCAAGCAGCGGGGCUGGCGCUCAAGCAGCAGGGCGACGCGGCAGGUGCCGAGCACUUUCUCCGCCUCUCAGCCCAGAUCCUGCGCGAUGCUGCUGCCCAGAAAGCACAGCCUUAUGGUGCACCCGCCAUCAAUUAUGACCACACCGGCUCGAGCUAA